AAUCUGUUGAAGAGUCCUAGCUGUCGAAUUCUUUGAGCCCUGGCCUAUUGUCAGCAUCUCUGAGACCUCCUCCUUCUGAAAAAUCAAUGGGCGUGACAGUACUCCCCCCUGUAACCUACUGCAAGGAAAUGUCCACAAAGCUGUAGACAAUUCAUGUCCUGUAUUUUUAUAUCCUUCAAGCUGUGCAUCUGGGCAGACACAGUACGGUCUCCAACCUUAAGGAAGAUCCACAAAGUCAGGCAAAAGGGGUGAAAACUCAGAUAUGCUGAGUCAGAGAUAUCCAAAAGCCUUUAGCAAACCACCUCACAGAACCCAAUUAAAUCUACAACAUUAGUCUGCAGAUCUAGAUGAGCUGUGGAUAAAAAAAGAGGUUUUUAUCCUUCUACUACAAAAAAAAAAAGCAGAAAUCUAAGAGAUUCUUGUCUUCAGGCCAGUAUUAUAAAACAGUUUCACCAUAUUUAUUUUCACCAGUAUAAAAAAGAUUAAGAGUGUGAAAACUGAACUUAUUUAUGUAUUUAUGUCUGUCUGUCUGUAUCUAUUUAUUUACAUAUUUAUUUAUCUAAAGUGACUAAGAAGUUCUGAUAAACCUAUUUGGGAGUGGGCUAUUUGCUAGAGGGAAGCACAACAAUUGGCAAAUUAGAAGACCACUGCCUUCUUGCUUAUACACUACUGAUUUUCUUCUGUAUCAGAUUGUUAGAAUACCACCAAUACAUUGCCAGACAGGCUAAGUGGCUGUGGAAUGCCUCGAGGGCAAUAGAAAUCAAAUAGAAGCAAAUAUCAACUCAAGUCUUGAGUGAUGACGGAGGUGCACGUUAGGUAUCAUGGAAAUCUCACUGGGAGGGCUCAUUUUCCCACUCUUGCGACAGAGGUUGACACCACUUCAGACAAGUAUUCCAACCUGUACAUGUAUGUAGGAUUAUUCCUGAGCCUCCUGGCCAUUCUUCUCAUCCUGCUAUUCACAAUGCUUCUUCGGCUCAAACAUGUCAUCUCACCUAUCACUGAGAGCACAGAAAGUGUUCCUCAGUUCACAGAUGUAGAGAUGCAAAGCCGAAUUCCCACUCCUUAAAAACAGGGAUGAUGGCGAGAUUCAGCGGUUGUGGACAACCCCUGGGAUGCUGGUGUCUAGGAAGGCUUACUUUCUCUCGGGAGACUUCCUGUGUCACAGGCUGUUCAUGUUUUCUGUUUGUCAUUCUUCGUCUUGACUGUGCUUGUGGGACCUCUAAGAGGCUUAAGAGUCUCUCUUAAAGGAAUACAGGAAAUAGCAGCUGGUUGGGCUGGCAGGUUUCCAUAGUAACCAAAGAGAGCCUGAGCCUUGAACAAACCUCAGACCACAGAAAUUGAUAGGGAGCAGUUGUGAAAACACAAUAUCCCUGGAAACUGCAAGAGCAAACAAGAAUUUAGCUUCGAAUGUUGUGAGGACCCCCAAGAAAGUGACAGGCUUUAAUUUAUUACUUUAGCCCUAAAGAAUUGCUUCAUACAUAACACAGACAUCUCCUGACAUGGAGCUAAAUCAUGUCACAGUUGAACGGUAGGGAUCGUUAAUCUUGCCUCAAAAGAGCAAUGUUUUGAUCAUCAUAGGCAAUGGGCUUUCUCCCAAAUGAAAGAAGAGCUUUAAAGAUCUGGUUACAAUAUAAAGAGAAACUUUACAGGAAGUUUCUCGUGAUUGAGAAAAGUGUGCAUAUUUUAUCUGUGUUAUUGCUGUUAUUGGACUUUUGAAAACUUAGAUAAUGGCAGGUGUAUUACUCCAAUCUGGGACAAUGAGCUGCCUCCAUAUGAAGAAAAAAAUUAAUUCAAGCUGUUCAAACUGAUAAGGAUUUCUUCAUUAUACAUGCAGCUUCUUUGUCUUUUUCUCCCUCCGUACUGCAAACCAAGAUUGAGUUGCAUGUAAAUAUGAACGUGAUUUGAAGGUGGACUUGGCAA